UUCGUAGCAACGUGUUUGUCGGCCAAACCGGUCCUGACCGUUCUAUUCACCUACAACCCCAUGUUCAAUGUAUGGACAUGCGGGGAUGUGUUUUUUUCUCAGUUGUGAGUGAACAGUCAGCGAAUGUUGAAACGAUCAAGAUGUCUACUCGAGACGCAUUAAAUGUUGCAAGCCUGUCUCAGGCCAUUGCAGACUUAACGGAAGAUUUCUUCAAUAAAGACAACAAGAUGAAGUAUGAGAACUACAUUGGAGUGGAGCAUGUGGCGAACCAGUUCCUCAGAUUGAACCUUCCCAAGGCCUCGGAAAUCCUUGACCCUUCACCUGGACCCGGAUUGCUAUCGGCUAGGCUCCAAACCAAGGGUUAUGGUAAUAUUGACGCCAUCGAAGAUAACCCAGACGAUUUGAAACGUUUGAUUCAGUCAAAUCUUUAUCGAACAUGUAUUCCGAAGACUGUGGGAGGAAUCAAUUCAACCGGAUUGAAGGACGACCUUUACGAUGCAGUGGUCAUGGUGGGGGGUUUCUGUCCUUCCAAAAUGACUCCCAAAGCUUUCAAUGAACUGCUAAGAAUAACCAAACCAGAUGGUCACCUUUUGUGGAGUAUCCGAGCGGAUUUGCACUCCAAAAUAUCCGAUUAUAAAUUACUGGACGACAAUAUUUCGGCCUUGGAGAAAUCUGGCAAAUGUGUAGCUAUGAAAUGGGCUGAGAAUUUUAGAGACCCUCAUUCGGAUUUGGAGGGAUUGCUGUAUUUGGUGAAGAGAAUCGACACCGAGGAUUUCAAGUCAACCCUGCCAGGAGAAGCUCAGUCAGAUGUCGUGGAUUGCAUCAAGCAUGAUCGUCUGGAUGAACUUCAACAGCAACAUUGCUUGGAUGAUUGGAGUGACCGGUCCGAAGAAGAUCUGGUAAUGGUUGGCCAAUAUUCUGGCCACUUGAAGCUUUGCCAGGCGUUUUAUAAAUUAGCUCUGCCUCGAAACGUGGAAAUUCUUGACAUUUCUUGCUACACCGCCGCACCCGGUUUGGUUGGCAUGGAUCUGAGUAACCAUGGCUACGUUAAUGUGGAUGGUCUGGACCAUAAAUUAAAGACCCUCAAUAAUAUCAGAGGUCAUGGCAGAGUCUACCGGAAUUACAUUUUGGGUAAAGUGGAUGAACUGGGCUCCAUUCCUGUCAACGACGAGAGCUAUGACAUUGUGCUAACGGCGGGCGGGUUCGCCCCCGGAAAAAUGAUGCCCUCAGCCUUUCAAGAGCUCUUACGCGUUCUUAGACCCGGUGGUUACGUCAUGUGGACCAUGAUGGACGGAUUUGCAUCCAAAAGCCAAGACUAUGCUUUAUUUGAUGUGAAGAUCCAAGAUCUUGUUUUGGAGCGGAGAUGGGAAUUGUUGGUGGGCCCUGUGGUGUUUGAAAACUUCGCUCUUCACAAAAAAGGGCGAUUCUACUUGCUCCGGAAAUCUCAUCGCGAAGUGUUUGCCCUGGGAUCCCGAAGGUUUUCCCCUCAUUCUUCCCCGAAACUGCACCCUCGACGGGGAUCACUCAAGAUCAAUUAAUCUAAUUGUUAGGUCUUAAAGUUGACACGCUUUUGAAUAAAAUUAGUGGUCUCACCUAA